AUGAGAAAAUAUGAGAAAAUUACUUCAGAAGUCACGAAAUAUGGAAAGGAAUGGCGCAGAGAAAUUGACAAAGUUAUAGAGAAAAACAAGAAAGAAAUCAAUAAGAUGAGACACCAACACAUAUAUACCCUAAAGAAACAUCUCACAGAUAUAAUGAGAGACGUUGCUGACAUGAAACAGUGUAUAUUAGAAAUUGAGGAAAUUCUACAAUCCAAUGAAGGAAUCAAGAUCAACCUCUGUAUUCAUCCGAUCUUAAAUUUAUCAAUGAAAACAAUUAAGAACCUUGAUAUUUGUGUGGCUGACUAUGAAGUCCAUGCAGUCGUAGUGGUUAAUCAGGCAACACAACCCCGAUUUAGAUACCCUGACAAUCCUUCUACAACUAAAGGAUCAUUCAACCCAGCUUGUAUCACAACAGACAGCCAGAGUCAGAUCCUGACAGCAGACUUUACCAACAGCUGUAUCAACAUCCUAGAUCAGGACAGAUAG